AUGCUAAGACAAUCCAUAAGACACGGUGUCUUCAGGAGCAGACUGCUCAAUAGAUACCUUUCCCAAGGCAAGUCUCAAGGCAAUACUCACGCCUCGAACGAGGAGGUCUCUCAUUUCAAUGCAUUGGCUUCGUCAUGGUGGGAUGUCGAUGGACCCCAGCGGAUUCUUCACAAGAUGAAUCUUGUCAGAAUGGACUUUGUGAACGAUAUGAUUCGUCUGCAUCUCAAGCUCAACCAGGGAAUCGAAGACCCGGAGGACCAGGUCUACAUGCCUCCAUUUAACGUCAACUUGCUUCCGAAGCCAGUGAGAGCUCGUAUACUACAAGAACAGGAAGCAAGACGAGACGAAAUGCUCAAUGCAAGAAGAUUGCGUGUUCUAGAUGUUGGAUGCGGAGGCGGCAUUUUCUCUGAGUCGUUUGCCAGACUUCCAUAUGUGGAGCUGGUGAAGGGCAUUGACCUAUCUCCAGAUGUGUUAACUGCGGCUAACUGGCACAAGAAGCUGGACCCUGUUUUAGAAGACAAGCUUUCUUACGAGCUCCAAGCUGUUGGCGACGACAGAGGAAAGUACGACGUUGUCACGGCGUUCGAGAUGUUGGAGCAUGUGCCUUACCCUGCUGAAGUACUCAACGAGCUUUUCCAAAGAGUCGAAGACGGUGGCUGGGUUUUCAUUUCCACCAUCAACAGAGACUUUGUCAGCUGGUUUACCACCAUUUUCGUGGCUGAGACUGCUUUUCGAAUCGUGCCAAAAGGAACUCAUACUUUAGAAAAGUACAUCAACGAGCAUGAGAUCAGGGAAUGGCUAGCACAGAGCGAACACGCCGAAAAGUUUAAGCAUGUCAAGAGUAAAGGCAGCGUGUUUGUACCAGCACUCGGAUGGACACUCACAGACUGCCCUGGUACAGGCAACUUCUUCAUGGCUUUCCAGAAAGUGCGUUAG